GCCUCUGGAGCAUGCAAGAACGCAACCUCGGCUUUUGUAGAGGCUAGCCCGUGGCCUCCGUAUACCGUGUACUCGGUCUCGUGGCCAGGGCCAAACGCGUGCGGCAUGGCUCUGUCGGUAGACGACAGCGGCGCGCUCGGCGGCGUGACGCACUCGUGGAAAUAUGGAAGCCAGUCUGGCGUUCACGGCCUGGCGCUGGGGCGGCGCGGCAACGACACCUUCUUGUACGCGGCCGACCUGAGUGGAGACGCCGUGUGGACGCACCGCAUCGACGGCCAGACGGGCGCUGUCGUCGAGGUUGGAAAGAAGGCCAUGCCUCGCACCAACAUGCAUCCCCGGCAUGUCAGAGUCCAUCCGAAUGGGACCUAUCUCUACGUGGUCAUGGAGGCGGCAAACUCGCUCGUCGCCUUCGGCAUCGACGAUAUUUCCGGUGCGGCCCACGAUGCCGGCAAAGAGUACUCGCUUAUUCCAACUGGCAACAACAACAAGAACUACUGGUCUGCCGAGGUCAUGCUGUCGCCAUCGGGACGCUACCUGUGGGCGACGGCACGGGCGCAGAGGAACGUGGAUGUUGUCGGCUACAUCUCGUGCUACCUACUCGCCGCGGAUGGGGCAAUCGUCAAGCUCAUGUUCAUGGUGCCGACGACGACAACAGGCGGUUGGGCCAACGCCAUCAGCCCUGCGUUCUGGAGCGACGAGUACGCCGCCUUGGCCGACACGCCCACUGGGUACGUGCAGAUAUGGAAGCUUUCCGAGCCCAAGGAUACGCCACAGGGAGUCGAGUAUGGUACAGCCAAGGCUGUUGCGAGGGUAGACAUUGGUGACGGGGGUUGUUGUGCGAAUGCAAUCUGGUACACCUAA